CUAACCGCAUUUCCGCGGAGGGAUCGCGGAAGGGCGGGGCUUCCAAUGAUUACAUAAAGCGACGCCGGGUGGGCCGCGGUUAGUUCCGUCGAGACCUCGAGUUCCGUCGUUUCAUCUCUGAGAGGAUCGCUGUCUCCUGCGCUGACAAUGCAGAUCUUCGUGAAAACCUUAACUGGUAAAACCAUCACCCUGGAGGUCGAGCCCAGUGACACCAUCGAGAACGUCAAGGCAAAGAUCCAGGACAAGGAGGGCAUCCCCCCUGACCAGCAGAGGCUGAUCUUUGCAGGCAAACAGCUGGAAGAUGGCCGCACCCUGUCCGACUACAACAUCCAGAAAGAGUCCACCCUGCACCUGGUCCUGCGCCUCAGGGGUGGGAUGCAGAUCUUUGUGAAGACCCUGACAGGCAAGACCAUCACCCUGGAGGUCGAGCCCAGUGACACCAUCGAGAACGUCAAGGCAAAGAUCCAGGACAAGGAGGGCAUCCCCCCUGACCAGCAGAGGCUGAUCUUUGCAGGCAAACAGCUGGAAGAUGGCCGCACCCUGUCCGACUACAACAUCCAGAAAGAGUCCACCCUGCACCUGGUCCUGCGCCUCAGGGGUGGGAUGCAGAUCUUUGUGAAGACCCUGACAGGCAAGACCAUCACCCUGGAGGUCGAGCCCAGUGACACCAUCGAGAACGUCAAGGCAAAGAUCCAGGACAAGGAGGGCAUCCCCCCUGACCAGCAGAGGCUGAUCUUUGCAGGCAAACAGCUAGAAGAUGGCCGCACCCUGUCCGACUACAACAUCCAGAAAGAGUCCACCCUGCACCUGGUCCUGCGCCUCAGGGGUGGGAUGCAGAUCUUUGUGAAGACCCUGACGGGCAAGACCAUCACCCUGGAGGUCGAGCCCAGUGACACCAUCGAGAACGUCAAGGCAAAGAUCCAGGACAAGGAGGGCAUCCCCCCUGACCAGCAGAGGCUGAUCUUUGCAGGCAAACAGCUGGAAGAUGGCCGCACCCUGUCCGACUACAACAUCCAGAAAGAGUCCACCCUGCACCUGGUCCUGCGCCUCAGGGGUGGGAUGCAGAUCUUUGUGAAGACCCUGACAGGCAAGACCAUCACCCUGGAGGUCGAGCCCAGUGACACCAUCGAGAAUGUCAAGGCAAAGAUCCAGGACAAGGAGGGCAUCCCCCCUGACCAGCAGAGGCUGAUCUUUGCAGGCAAACAGCUGGAAGAUGGCCGCACCCUGUCCGACUACAACAUCCAGAAAGAGUCCACCCUGCACCUGGUCCUGCGCCUCAGGGGUGGGAUGCAGAUCUUUGUGAAGACCCUGACAGGCAAGACCAUCACCCUGGAGGUCGAGCCCAGUGACACCAUCGAGAACGUCAAGGCAAAGAUCCAGGACAAGGAGGGCAUCCCCCCUGACCAGCAGAGGCUGAUCUUUGCAGGCAAACAGCUGGAAGAUGGCCGCACCCUGUCCGACUACAACAUCCAGAAAGAGUCCACCCUGCACCUGGUCCUGCGCCUCAGGGGUGGGAUGCAGAUCUUUGUGAAGACCCUGACAGGCAAGACCAUCACCCUGGAGGUCGAGCCCAGUGACACCAUCGAGAACGUCAAGGCAAAGAUCCAGGACAAGGAGGGCAUCCCCCCUGACCAGCAGAGGCUGAUCUUUGCAGGCAAACAGCUAGAAGAUGGCCGCACCCUGUCCGACUACAACAUCCAGAAAGAGUCCACCCUGCACCUGGUCCUGCGCCUCAGGGGUGGGAUGCAGAUCUUUGUGAAGACCCUGACAGGCAAGACCAUCACCCUGGAGGUCGAGCCCAGUAAUACCACUAAGAAAGUCAAACAGGAAGAUGGACGCACCUUUCUCAGUACACUGUCUAGAAAGAACACUCCUUGUGCUUGUUCUUGGGCUUGAGGGGAGAUGUCUUAGUAUCCCCCAUCUUUUAAGCUGUUAACCAGUCAUUGCACAUUGAAUAAAGUUCUUGCAUUCCCAAA